CGACGCCGCGCUACCGGCUACACCAUGUUCGUUGUACCUAUCUAUUCCAAUUACUGGCUUGUAUAGUAAACGAAACAUUUAAAACAUGAUGAAAUAUUAAAUUAAAUUAAUGAUAAUAGACACUGUUAACGCCGAAUCGUGUGGCUCAAACACAAUUUAAAACAGUACACUACAAGAGACUAACCUACCCAUGGCGGUAGUACUGAAAUCAAAUCCAGAACAACAAUAGUUGUCGUAUUCCAGUCGAUCGCUAUUAAUUUUUAUCCUUAGUAGAUAUGAGUUGACAGUGAAGCGUUAACCGGCCGACUAUUUUUUUUCGUCGUCGACCACGAAUUAUCGUAAUAUUAAUACGGUAUACUAUACAGGUAUACGACUCACGUGUUUGUUACCUGAUAAUACAAAUUUGAAAUCUUAUCGUAAACUUACGCGGUUUGUGUACUAGUGUCGAGCCUAUAACUUAACGGCAAUUAUUCCGAAGUUAUUUGAAUACAGCAGCUAGGUGCCAUAAAAUUAUGGAAACAUUAAGUUAAAUCUUAGUACCACUACCUACUACUCUUAAAACAAGGCCUCUCACUUAGCAUGAUGAUACUAAACAUCUGAUAUAGUUGUUGUUAAUCCUGUGCUGAAAUGUUUACAUUUAGCGCGUAGUACAAUAUUUUGAAUUUAUUAAUUUGUUCAAUUGUGUUACGCUUUCAAACUGAAGCAUUAAUGUCUUGUGGCUUGACUAGUUAAGAAAAAAAUCAAUCUCAUCAUGUCAGCAGAUGAAGCGGAAUCUGAAGUCCUUUUUAUGAAAACUUAUAGUAUUAUAAAAUUGGACGAAAUAACAAAUCUAAAUAAUGAUCGUAAAUCACUUAAUCAAAAAGUUUUGCUCGGGUUGGCCACCAGAGAGGAAUUUUUGAAACAAAUAAAAGUCGAAUUAAAUAUGUUGGACACGUGUCAACUUAAAAUUGAACAAGAAAUGAAAGAAAAUAAUACUGAGGAUAUUAAUACUGAAAUACUUACCAUUUUAUCAAAUCGUAUUAAUGAAAUGUAUAAAAAUAUGUUUCUACUAUUUCCUGUUGAAAAGACUUCAUUGUCAGAAUAUAUCGAUUUCUGCUCAAAUAAUGCAUUAUUUAUAACUAAAUGUAGUAACAUGUUGGAAAUUCUCAUGUUGAAAUACCAUAGUGACCCUGAAGUGUAUAUAACUGCAGCAACAUAUGAAUUUGAUGAUCGAAAUAAUGUUGAAUCAGCUAGACGAUAUUUUUCAGAAGGAUUAAAACAUCAUGAAAAUUGUAAAAAUUUAUAUGUAGAAGAAUUUUGGGUUGAAGUUCAACAUUUAGAAAAGACUGAAGGUGCCUCACUUCCAAUUGCCAUUGAAAAAUACAGAAACCUAAUAAAACGUUUUGCAAAUGAUAUUGAAUUUCAUUUUAUAUUAUUAGAUAGAGCAAUAAAAUUAAGUACAGUUAGAGAACUACAAUGCAAUGUAGUCAGAGAUAUGAUUAAAAAGUAUAAACAUAGUGAACUGAUGUGGCAAAAAUUAGCUCAAAUUCAUUUUGAUGGUUUUAUCUACGAUCAAAAAACUGAACAAUUACACUAUGAUAAAAAUUAUAUUAAUGGUAUAAGAAACUGCAUUAAAACCUAUGAAAACGGAUUAAAAGAAAAUUUACCACUAAAAAAUAAACUUAAGUUAUGGACCUUUUAUAUUGAUCAUAUUAUUGAAAUUCGUAAAUCUUAUCGUAUGAAAAAAGAAACUAUCAGAAAUUUUAUGAAUGAAACAAUGGAACGAGCCUUUCAAGAAGCUCAUGAGAAUAAAGCAUUAUGUAAAGCCGAAUAUUACAUUUAUUGGACUGAAAACACAAAUAAAGACUGCCAUAGGAUAAUGAAAGAAUCAGUUAAAGUGAUAAAAGAUAGUGUAGAUCUUUGGUAUAAUUUAAUAUCAUAUUAUUUAAAAUAUGACAGUCUUGAAAUGGGCAUUGAAGCUUUUCAAGCCGGUGUUCGGGCUUUGACAAACAAAUCGAUGCCAUUAUGGGAAAUUCUUAUUUUAUAUAUGGCGAAUACUCAUCCAAAAUUGCUCCAACAAUUAUAUCAAGAAGGCUCAAAUUGUCCAUACCCUGAAGUCAAUUGUGUAAUCAGGCCUGAAUAUUUAGAAUGGAACGUACUUCACAAUGGGAUACUUUCAACUCGUGAAUUGUUCAACAAACUUAAAGACGUAAAACCAGAAUGCAAACAAUUGUAUAAAUCUAUGAUUACAUUUGAACUUACUCAGAAUUCAGGAAUUUCUAAAUUAAGUUUUAUCAGAAAAUUGCAUAACAUUUUAUGCAAUUCUUUUGGUGAUACAGAUAUUGAUGUAUGGAGUGAUUGCAUGCGUUUUGAGUACAUGUAUGGUUCUCGUAGAUAUGUGAGAGCAAUUUUUGAGGCAUCAUUAACUUCCGUGAAUCCAAAUUUAAAAAGUAGUAUGACAGAAGAGUAUGAAAAACUUAAAGAUGAAUUCAAAGAUUAUGAUCGGAAAGAUUUAGGAGUUAUUGUUAUUGAAGAUGACGAAUAAUUAUCUAUUUUGGAGAAAAUGACAUUGGAAUGUGUUUGUAUAUUUAAAUUGAUGUUCUUCAGUUAUUAUUUGGUACAUUUUUUUUUUUUUUUGUCAUGUUAUAUUAAGUUAAUGUACCUAUGUUUAUUAUUAAUUUUUAUUUUUAUGUAUUUUUUAAAAUGGCAUUUACAUAUACAUUUUUUUUUUUUAAUGUUAACCCUAAAGUGUGUCAGGAUACAGUGUAGCCAAUUAUGUGUUCAUAAUGGUAUAAAACAGUUAAUAUGACUAUGUUAAUAAUUUACUGUUGAAUAUUUUUAUACAGUAGUAUAAAAUCAAAAUAAAGUACAAAUACAAAAAUUGAAAUAGAUGUAUAUUUAUUUAUUUAUAUUUUAUGAAUAAAUGUAACAUAUUUUGAAGUCACA